CCCGAGGCGAGCGAGAUGCGGAAGUGGACGAAGAAGCUGGGCCACACCCUCUCCCGCCUCCUCACCUCCAAGCCCCCCUUCGCCUUCUCCCGGCCCAGGCCCACCCCUCCCGCUCCCCUUCGCCCCCCUCCGUCUCCGCCCGUCUCCUCGAUCCAGCCGCAGCCGCCGGGGCUCCCCCCCUUCCCCGCCGCCCCCACCAUGCCGCACCACGGCAGCCACCGCCGGCCGGCGCCCGCCCCGGGCGGCCACGUGUUCCCGCGCGCCGCCUCCACCGUCCUCCCCGACCCGUCCCGCUUCUUCGCGCCGGAGCUCCUCGCCGCGCCGCUCCCCACCAACUCCUUCUUCCAGAACUUCGUCCUGAAGAACGGGGACCAGCCGGAGUACCUCCACCCCUACUCCGUGCGCUCCCCCGGCGGGGCGGCACUCGACGUCUGCUACCCGUCGCGGAACCACUCCCCGUCCUUCGACAUCCAGACCUUCGUCGCGGACCUCACCGUCGCCGACGCCGCGGGGGGCGCCGAGCGCCACCGCAUCGCGGCCUUCGACGACCUCUCCGUCACGCUCGACGUCUCCCCGACGCUCCGCGCGCACCUCGUCCGCGGCUGCCCCUACGUCACCGUCGUCACCACGACGGGGCCCGUCGACGUCUCCGUCGCGUCCGUCCACGCCUUCGUCGACGUCGCCGCCUGCGACGGCGCCGGCACCAAGUGGCGCCUCGGGAUGAACAGCGGCCAGACGUUCCUCCUCUACGCGUCGGCGCCGAUACACCUCGCGCAGGCCGGCACCACGCGGCUCUCGGCGCCCGGGUUCGCCGGCGCCAUCCGGGUCGCCUACCUGCCCGACGCGUCCAUGGAGCCCGUCCUCGACCGCUACAGCGGCUGCUUCCCGACGGCGGGCGACGCCGCGCUGCACCGGCCGUUCUGCGUCGACUACUCGUGGCGCAAGGCGGGGCACGGGGAGCUGCUGAUGCUCGCCCACCCGCUCCACCUGCGGCUGCUCUCCGACGACUGUGGCGUCCGCGUGCUCGACGACUUCCGGUACCGGAGCAUCGACGGCGACCUGGUGGGCGUGGUCGGGGACUCGUGGGCGCUGCGCGCGGACCCGGUGUCGCCCACGUGGCACUCGACGCGCGGCGUGAGCGAGGACGGCGUGGCCGAGGUGGCCGCCGCGCUCCGCGCCGACGUGGCCGGCCUCGCGUCUGCCCCGAUCACCACCACGUCGUCCUACUUCUACGGCAAGGCGGUCGCGCGCGCGGCGCGGCUGGCGCUGAUCGCGGAGGAGGUCGGGUGCCCCGACGCGAUCCCGGCGGUGCAGAGCUUCCUGCGGGCGACCGUGACGCCGUGGCUGGACGGCAGCUUCCAGGGGAACGGCUUCUUCUACGACGCCAAGUGGGGCGGGCUGGUGACGCUGCAGGGGCUCCGGGACUCGGGCGCCGACUUCGGGUUCGGCAUCUACAACGACCACCACUACCACCUGGGCUACUUCCUGUACGCCAUCGCGGUGCUGGCCAAGAUCGACCCCUGCUGGGGCCGCAAGUACAUGCCCCAGGCCUACUCCAUGGUGGCCGACUUCAUGACGCUGUCGCGGAACAGGGCCGGCGGCAGCUUCACCCGGCUCCGGAUGUUCGACCUGUGGAAGCUCCACUCGUGGGCGGGCGGGCUGACGGAGUUCGCGGACGGGCGCAACCAGGAGAGCACCAGCGAGGCCGUGAACGCCUACUACUCGGCGGCGCUGGUGGGGCUGAGCUACGGGGACACGCACCUGGUCUCGCUCGGCGCGACGCUGACGGCGCUGGAGGCGCUGGCGGCGCAGACGUGGUGGCACGUGCGCGCCGGGGAGGGGAUCUACGAGGAGGACUUCGCCGCGGCAAACCGCGUGGUGGGGGUGCUGUGGGCGAACAAGCGCGACAGCGGGCUGUGGUUCGCACCGCCCGAGUGGAAGGAGUGCCGGCUGGGGAUCCAGCUGCUGCCGGUGCUGCCCAUCAGCGAGGCGCUGUUCCCGGACGUGGCGUUCGUCAGGGACCUGGUGGCGUGGACGGAGCCGGCGCUGGCGCGGGACGGCGUGGGCGAAGGGUGGAAGGGGUUCGUGUACGCGCUGGAGGGGAUCUACGACCGGGAGGCCGCGCUUGCCAAGACGCGGGCGCUGACGGGGCACGACGACGGCAACUCGCUGGCCAACCUGCUCUGGUGGCUCCACAGCCGCGGCAGCGUCGUCGGGGACGGCGACGGCGCCGGGUUCGGACGCUGCUGCUGGUACCGCCAGUACUGCCACUGACCGUUGCUGUGGAGUGUAUGUUGAAAGAGUGGAUACGUUGAAAAGUCAUACGAAUAGUAGUUGUCCGUUCGUUGUGGUUACGCACACACACGAUGCUUUAUGCCGCUUUUAUUUGAAAUAAAAAGUCGUUACCGCCGUGAUGGCAUGCGAUCCAUAGGAUGAUGGGUCGUGGACUUC